CACGGCUUCUCACCUCCAAGCCAAUUGACUCGGAUUCGGGACCUUUCUCAGGCGUGACGUCUGGCGUAUGACUGCGACGUCAGUCAGGCCCUGAAGGUACGUGUCUGUUGCUAGUUGCUGAACAGCGCAUCACACUAUCCACCGUUUCUCCCUCAUUCGAACUCUCCGUUCAUCAUGUCCUUUCCGCCACCUCCAGGUCUUAGGCAAGCACCCUCGUCGCUCCCUGCGCGUCCACCACCAUCAGCGAGCACUGCUUCGCCUUCCACCUAUCAACCCACCUACUCGGCUGCACCCUCAUAUGCGCCGCCCAGUUCAAGCAGUGGAUAUGGCGGCCACGGACCGCCGCGACCGGGCUACGGCGCCGCCACUGCCUUCCAACCGCGUUCAGUAGCCUCAAGUCAACCCUAUCGUACCAGCAGUCCUAUUGUAUCCGCGCCACCCACCACCUCCAGCGGCUUUGCGACACCAACCACGACCGGGUACGGAAACUACUAUCCACAACAACCACAGGCAUCAUAUCAGAGCGGCCCGAGCUACUAUGGCGCCCCCGCCCAGUACAGCGACGGCACGACGUAUGGACCGUCGGUCCCACGGAUACAGAAUCCGUUCCAGCCCGCUGCUGGCAGGGGUUACGGCGGUCGCAAUGAUUCAGGCAUGGAUCCAGAGACCGAAGCUCAGAUUGCGCAGUGGCAAAGUGCCUACGCGAACAAAGAGGAGGUCCCGGGCUCCGGCAAGUUCCCGGGACGUCGAGAUGUAAACCAGGGGUCCGUCGCGGGUCCUGCGUCCGGCGCAAACACCCCAUCCGGUGCUGCGACCGGUGCCAACACUCCCGCUCCCGUCGUGGGGGUUCUUGAGUCCGCGCCGAAGACAGUGGUCCGUUCCGGUGGUGGACAGAACUGGACCGACUCAACGCUUUUGGAGUGGGAUCCGGCACACUUUCGUCUUUUCGUCGGAAAUUUGGCGGGUGAAGUCACGGAUGAUUCCUUGCUGAAGGCAUUCGCGAAGUACACGUCAGUGCAGAAGGCGCGGGUGAUCCGAGACAAGCGCACGCAGAAGAGCAAGGGCUACGGGUUUGUCAGUUUUAGUGACGGCGACGACUAUUUCAAGGCGGCGAGAGAGAUGCAAGGCAAGUACAUCGGCUCUCACCCGGUUUUGCUGCGGCGGGCCACCACCGAGGUCCGGCCCGUGUCCAACAACAAGAAUGGGAAGAAGCACGGCGGUGGAGGGGGUUCGAGUGGGGGCGGCUCGGGUGGGGGUAAGGUCAAACACGAUGGAGUCAAGAAGCAUGGAAAGACCAAGGGUGGACUCAGAAUCCUGGGAUGAGUGCACAAGCUAUCAUCCGUAGGUGAUGUUCGGAUGGUGAAUCAUGCUACGGCCUAGGAAAUCGAUAUGAUGCCAGGAAAAGCCUUCCUGCAGCUCCCAACUAGUUUCAACGCAAUGAUAUACCCUCAUUUCUAAUAUCCAACAAUAUAGACAACAGACAGAAAUAUUUACUCCAGCUAGACAAAUUCCUCACACUAGUACACAACACGAGGGUCGAAGCCAGCCCACCCUCUAUAACUGCGCAAUAUGAUUUCAAGGAACACUGCUCUCACUGAGAUCAACCUGUUGAUCUCCGUCUCCCUGCAUCCCCCUCAUAACUCUUUAAAACCAUCACCCAUCAUAUCAUAAGUCAUAACCCGUCAAAAUAGAAAAACCAAGAACCGUUGAUCGAACUCCAAAUGAG